UGGCCGCCAUGCUUCAGGUUCCCCGCUUUAGGCAUGAACGAGGGGAACCUGCGCGUACAGCCCUGCUGUGUUGCCACCCGGCGACCUGAGAAACGCCAUGGGAAAUGCCAUGGGAAACCUUCUCUCCGAGUGCAAGAGGUGCUCAGCGCUGGUGGACCACUGCGACCUGUGUCCCGCCACGGUGCGUCAGCAGACGGACGAUGAGCCUGCACUGGGUAGGCGUCGGCCCGGUCAUGAGUAUCAGCCGACCGACAUCUCCGAGGCAGAGCUCCUGCAGCAUGCCCUGCGCCUCUCGGAGCUGGAGGCGCAGCAAGGGCACAUGGCAGGCGCACUGAUGGCCGACUAUCCGGCCCCCAGCUCGGAGGGCAGUCCGCAAGAGGAAGCCUUGGAAAGAGCCAGGCUGCGGGAAGAGCAAGACGCGGAGUACGAGGAGAGCGUGAGGAUCGACCGGGAGCGAGCCGCCCAAGAGGCCCUGAGGCAGAAGGAGGAAGAGGAGCAGAGGCGCCGCGAGGCUGAGGAACUUGAGUCCCAGGCCAAACAGGCAGAGGCCGCCGAGCAAGCGAAGAAGGAGAAGAUCCAAGAGCUCAUGGAAGAGGCCAAGCAGUUGCUUCCUCCAGAGCCCAGUGAUGGCAGCGCCUGCCUGCAGUUCCUCAUCCGCACCCCCGACGGGAGGCGCUUGAAGAGAGCCUUUGCCGCCGAGAAUACCAUCGCACAGGUCUACGCCUUCGUGCUCUUGGAGGGCGGAGAGGCCGUCCGGGGCCGGUCCUUUCGCUUGGUCGAGACGAUGCCCAGACGCACCUACGAGGAUCGUGACUUGACUCUGGCAGCGGCGGGCCUCAAGGGCCCGUGCACGCUGUUGGUGGAGUUCAUUGAUGACUGAGGUGGUGGGAAUGGGAACUCUGGCGUGUUGCAAAGUGCAGGGCACAAGUUGGGAACUGCGGCUAUAGCAAUCGGACGAAUGUGGAUCAAGAAAGUCUCCGUGUCACCGGAUUUCUCUUUUCUCUGCGAGUUGGUUGUUACACCACCAACCCAAAUUCUACUCAAAUGGCCCGAUUUCACCAGGCCGGAGCCUGUUUGUACUCCAAAGCUCUGGAAUGCAUGGCUCUGGGCACUUCUCGCUCUGGGGAGAUUUUCCUGGUUUCCUCGGAGGGAGAGGUUCCCUUUGGAAUAGAAUUGUCCUGCGCGUUGGUCAUGCAGAAGUGGUUGUCCAGCCACCUUGGUUGAAACGCG